CCGAAUGAAAGGCUACAGUUACGAUAUCAGAGCUCAGUUCUUCGGCCGUCUCGGUGAAAGUAGAGGUGCACUUUGGUGACGAUCUCCGCUUAAAAACCCGACGGCUUUUUACCAGGAGACAGCUUUGGCGAACUAGUAACACCUCGAGGACAAGAUGUACUCAUCCAACUUCGGAGGGGAAGGGCGCAGUCAGAGCAGAAGCAGCAGGUAUAGCGGCCAGAGUAACACAUCAGGAGGGACAUGGGCGAGCGGCCCGCCUGGCAGUGUUGAUGAUGACCGCCCUGCCUCCCCUAACAGUGUCAGGCAGCAGAAACUGGACAGACAGCGUGCGUUAUUAGAAAAGAAGCAGCGCGAGCGCCGGUCCCAGCCCGGAAUGGUCCUGGCGAGCGACGAGCCACGUUCAAGCUCGGCAAGAUCGCGGCGCAACCGGGACGAAACCAGACCGCUCAUGUACGGACACAACAGUAAAAACACCAUGUACCACGAUCGGGACAACUCUUACGAAAUGGUUGACGCCAAACAAGGAAUUGACGGGCCGGCUUCGUACAUGUUGAACAACGAGGGGAGCUCGACCAACGUUCAGGUCCUCCGCGUGGAGUCCAGCCUGGACAUGGACGAUCUGGAAGAACCGUCCAGAAUACAGCAGCGCUCCUCCACCACCGAAACAGAGCGUAAACUGGCAGCCAUGGGAAUUUCAUCAAGUGUCAGUUACGAUGACUUUAGUGACGAGGAGCAAGAGUCGGAGAGCCAGCCGGUUGCCACACCGACCACCACCGUCCCCGUGGCCGCGACCAGUUCCUCCCGCCCUUCAAGCUCAAGCUCAGGCUCCAAGAAGCCAGGGACGCCGCAAGAAACCAGCAACGGCGCCAGUAAGCCCAACGCCAACGCUAACGCCAACGCCGCCGGGCCGCCACAGGUGGACAUUGACAACCUGGAGGAGUUUGUCCUGAAGCCCGCUCCGCAGGGCCACACCGUCAAGUGCCGCAUCACCCGCGACAAGAAGGGCAUGGACCGCGGGGUCUUCCCCACGUACUACCUACACAUGGAGAGGGAUGAUGGGAAAAAGGUUUUCCUGCUCGCUGGACGAAAAAGGAAGAAGAGCACAACAUCAAAUUACCUGGUGUCUGUCGAUGCCACGGAUUUGUCACGGGGAGGAGAGAGUUACGUGGGGAAACUUAGGUCGAACAUGUUAGGCACCAAGUUUACGGUUUACGAUAACGGGGCCAACCCGCUGAAAUCAGGGGUCAUGACAGACGGGUCCAACGUCAGGCAAGAAAUUGCAGCUAUCUGUUACGAAACUAACGUGUUGGGUUUCAAGGGACCCAGGAAAAUGACGGUCAUUAUUCCGGGAAUGACACUGGACCACGAAAGAGUCGCCAUCAAACCAAGAAACGACAGUGAAAGUCUGCUGAGUAGAUGGCAGCACAGAAACAUGGACAGCAUUCUGGAACUACACAACAAGACCCCCGUGUGGAAUGAUGACACCCAGUCGUAUGUGCUAAACUUCCAUGGCCGUGUCACACAGGCGUCUGUCAAGAAUUUCCAGAUUGUCCACGACAAUGAUCCGGAGUACAUUGUGAUGCAGUUUGGUCGCGUGGCCGAAGACGUCUUCACCUGCGACUACAACUACCCUCUCUGUGCCGUCCAAGCCUUCUCUGUCGCUCUCAGCAGUUUCGACGGAAAGCUUGCCUGUGAAUAAUGCAACAUGUACCGUCUGCCCAGAGCAAUAGAUUUGAUAGGAGAGAAAAAAGGGGGAGGGGGGCAGAAUACUCACAAGUACAGUCAAACUUGUCUAAAGUGACCACUCAAGAAACUUGACAAAAAUGGUCACCUUAGACAGGUGACCACUAUUGACCGGAUUCUUUAGUCGAUGAGAAAAAUAAUGUCAGUCGAAGGGACCUCUAGAAAGGGGCCACAAUGUCCGUG